AUGGAUUCUGAUGACGAAAAAGAAGAAUACCAUUCGUGGAGAGGCGUUCCAGGUACAAUAAUACUUAUUAAUGUUUACGAUUCAAAGAAAAGUGACUCUGCUGUCUUAAGUCAUGUUUCAACUUGUCGAUUACUAAGACAUCAUUUGCGUCAAGCGAACACGCACUACUUAGGUGUUUGUUUUUAUGGCACAAGAGAGUUGGAUGCAUCAAACUUCAAUACACAAAAUGUUUUGGAAGUGUUUCCAUUGAAUCUACCUAACUUAGAGGACUUUAAAAAGCUACAAAACAUAGAUUUAUCAUUAUGUUCUCAAGAUAAGACAUUAAUAAUGUCAGAUGCCCUGUGGCAUUGUAGUAAAAUGUUUGCAAAUUGUAAAAAACAGUUAGUGACACGGACAGUAUUAAUCCUUACUAAAUUUGAAGUACCACCAAUUGAAAGCGACCAAGAUCCAACUUUUUCAAGAGUAAAGGAAAUGGUAAAAUCUGACAUUGAAAUAAAAUUUAUAAACAUAGCAAGUAAUGACUAUACACCUCACAAAUUUUACAAAGAGCUAUUAAUAGAUGCAACUGGAAAUCAUGAUGUUAUUUUACCAAAGCCAGUUUAUGAUCCUAAGGAAAUAGAAACUUUAAUGUAUAAACAGUCCCAUCGUCAUUUAGCAAUUGCCCAAUUAAUGUUCGAGAUUGGUGAAGGAUUUGAAAUUGGUAUAGGAGUAUACAGUCUUUUAAAAAGCAACUUUCAACCUAAGAAAGAUUAUUUAGAUAGAGACACAAAUGCUAUUGUUACUAGUGUCAAUAAAACACAAAAAGUAUCAAUUGAACAGACACCAAACAUGUCAAUGGAGACUGAUGAAGAUGAAACUGAACACAAGCAAUUACCACUACUGAAAUCUGAACUGAUACACUAUCAAGAAUAUGGAGGUGAGAAAAUUAUAUUUACUGACAAGGAAAAGAAAAUUAUGACUAAUCCUUUUGGUCCUCCUAUGAUGAAACUUCUUGGAUUCAAACCAGCCAGCAUGCUGAAUAAAGAAAAAUGGUACUAUAAAGCUAGUCACUUUUUAUUUCCAAAUGAAAACAGAGUUGAAGGAUCCACUAAGGCUUUUAAAGCAUUAUAUAAAGCUUGUGUUGAUACAUCUGUUGUUGCAAUUUGUGUUUUAUGUACUAGAGUAAACUCUAGACCUAGCAUUGUUGCACUGUCACCAUGUUCUCACCCUCUUGGUUUAGAUAUUGAAAUUGGUUUUGAUAUUAUAAAAAUUCCUUUCAUGGAACAUGUAAGGCAAUUAUCUAUAUAUGAUGAGGAUGAAGAAAAUAUUGCUAUUCCCAUAGCACAUAAAGCAACUAUGAAAGAUGUAAUCAACAAGUUGAGCUUUGAUUAUAAGCCAGAUAUGUUUGAGAAUCCAGUCUGUCAGUCACAGUAUAGAGCUAUAGAAGCAAUUGCCCUUGGAGAUGAAGAAAUGGAACCAUACAUUGACACAACGAAACCAGAUCCUAAUAAGUUUAAUGAUAUCAAGGAAGAUUUAUUUGAAAGUAUAUUUGGACCUUUUGGUAUGAUUGCUCCAAAACGCAUGGCCGCAACAAAAGAGUCUGGCACAACUACCAAAAGGGUAAAAACAGAAGAAAUUGAUGAAGAGGAUUUCCAAAAUCGUUUAAAUAAUAAAAAAAUUAAUACAUAUAAUGUGAUUCAGUUAAAACAAAUAUUGAGAUCUAAAGAUAUUCCUGAUCUGAAGUCAAUUAGUGUUUUAAAGAAGAAUGAAUUGGUUGAUUUAGUUUAUAAGCAUUUUGUUUGA